UACAUCCGGAGAAACAAACAAGGAAGUAAGAAAUCACAGGGUGGACUACUGCUGCACUCCUUUCUGCUGAAACUGUUUUUUAAGGGAUUUAACAUUAGUGCUUUAGUGGAUCUAAUGGAAAAAAAAAUAUUUAUGGCUGGCCUGCUGUGGAUUAUCUUUAGGUCAUGUUAAUCCAGACACUUUGAGAUUCAGCAACUGUGAAAUGAGACUACGCUGGAUUAUUCCAUAGAUGAUGUACUGUGUUGCUUCCAUACUGUUGCUCUUCACAGCUGGUAUAGCAAGUGAAAAGAUUCUACAAGGACCAAAAAAUGCAGCUGUUCUUGAAAAUGGCACUGCUUCUUUCAAUUGUACAUUAACGAGAAAUUGGCAAGUGCUCAUCUGGAUGCUGAGAUCAUCCCUGGUACUAACAGUCAUAGAGAACUUUGGACCUAUUGAAACACUGGGUCAUUUCACCUCCCGAAAUUACACAAAUGGUGAUUCCCUCAUUCUGGAACUUAUCAUUUCAGAAGUUUCCCUUAAUAAUAGUGGAGUAGUAGCUUGUAAGCUUCAAGGAGGUGGAACUGCUGAAGCAAACUUAUUUGUUCAAGUAAAUGGAACAUUGGCCAUCACAAAUCAUAAUCUUGUGGUAGUGAAGAAUACCUCCCAGCUGAUUACCUGCCAGGCCAUAGGAUGGCUACCCAUACCAGAAAUAAAGUGGAAGACAAAUGGAACACUGAUGAAGAGCUACAGCAAUAACAGCAUCCUCCGGUCUGAUCAUCUCUAUGACACAAUAAACACACUCAAGGUUCAUCCCUUAUUUGAUAUGGAAAUUGAGUGUAUCGCUUCAAUCUCAGCACUUCCUGAACCAUUGAUUGAUAGAGUCCAUGUAACUGUCAUUGCAGAGAACGGAGAGACGAGGUUUGACAGAGCUGUUCUGAUAGCAGUAACUGUUACUAUUUCAGUCUUAACAGUAAUAAUACUGCUGAUUAUCGGACUUGUUCUUUUUUGCAAAAGGAAAAAAGAACCAGGGUCCAGCUAUCAAGACAAAAAGAGCUCAGCAACUCAAGAGCAAACACAAAAUGGAAGUGCCUCUAUGGAUUGGAAUAAGGGAGGACAAGUGAAUUUGGCCUAUUCCACAGAGAACUCCUCGGGAACCUACUCAGGAGAUUUGUCACGCAAUCAAAACAUGUCUUUUUCUAAUUCAAAGGUUUCAGAUGUGAGAAAUAUAUCUACAGAUGACUCCAUGGAUUUUGCAAAUUCUCAUUACAGUGCACAACAUUCAUUAUCUCCAAAGAAAAUAAGGCAUUUAACUGUUGUUUAAAGAUAGAAAUGUCCACUUUCAAGGACACCAUCUUGUUACAACAGGUUAUCUGAAACUAGUGUUUAUAUUUGGAAGAUCCCAUACUAGGCUUUUUUGACUUUUGACUUGGCUCAAAGUAUUCAUUCUUACCUGAUUUAUUUUGUUUUGCCUGAACAAAUAAUUUCAGAGAAUCUUUGUCCGGUGAUGAGGAUAAUGACCAAUGUUAUGUCUCAUUCUUUUAACUCAUUUAAUUUUUCUUUGGCCAGCUAUUUCCAUCAGGUAAUACAAGCUGUACGUAUACUGAAGAUCAUAUCACAAGAGUGCAGAAACAUUCAUACAAAAGCCUCAAUUUUAAGGAUUCACAAACAGCUAUUACUGCUACCUUAACUUGCCCACCAAAAAGGGACAUCCGCAGUAGAGGUGUACAAGUUAUGCUAUCAUUAUGUCAACUGGGGUUUCUUAAUUUCAUGUUUGUUAAUGUGUUCGUGUUUGUGUGUAUUCUGCUAUAUAGACUCAAAUUUGGACAACUAGUGGUCUCGCCAAACAUUUUGGACUAUUUAAUCUUGUGGUUGCUAAUGUUAUUUUAUUUCUGUUAAAGUACAGAUGUGAUGCCAUGUUAGAUACUGUAGAUUGAGUGGCUACAUUAUUACAGUCACCUUCUCCUCUCAUAUUAUUGUCAAUUCAGUCAGGGACAAAUAUCAUUUGUGCAGACAUUUUUGUGUAAAACACACAGAUUCGUAUCAAUGAAUCAUGUCUACAUGUACAAUUCCAAAUGCACAAGACUGAAUAUUUCAGUGGUUUUGAAUCAGGUUAGGGUAAUGUAGCUUGUGCCAGAAGCACUAGCAUGUGUGAGUCUGAAAAUGUUGAGGUUUUUAUGCUUGAAAGUAUCGUUGAUAUAGUGAGAGGGAGCCAACACUUUACAGCCACUACUGGACAUGUUUUUGGAAAAAGGCUGUUAAUAAUAGCAGUCAACAUGACAAAAGCAACAAGACAGUGUUGUCAGGCCCCCAGUUUUCCAACCCAAUUGUGGGAAAUAAUAAGCUUUUGCGGUUUGUGUUUUUUGGGCUAUUUUUUAUAAAACAUUAUUUUUUGGGAUAUAUUCAAAUUCCCCUCCACAUUUUUACCAAGUUUUUCAUCCAUCUGGCACCAUCUCCAGCUAUUUGUACUUGUAUAUGUUCUUUAUCAUUGUAUGAUCAUUGAAUGGGAGCUGGACUUCAAUGGUAUGUAUCUAACCCUCUCGCUUUUGACACCACCCCCCGCUUUCCAGUGUGUCAUUUGGUCUACCUCAGGUAUUGAACAAUGUUUUUUUGGACAAAUUUACUAUAUUUAUUCUGUCCUUCGGCUAUAAAUUUUCUAAGGACCUAGCAAACCUGCCAGCAGAUGCCACAAAGUCAGUCAACUAACAGAAGAAACUGCAGUGGUAUCAGAAUACAUAACACGUCAUACCUUGUCACCAAAAUGGUAUACCAGCAGGUGACACAACAGUGUUAGGGAAAACGAGAAGCUGCAAUGGGAUAGGGAACACAAACGUUGCACACUGAAGCACUGAAAAAAUAUAAUUGUGUGGGUGUAUGUUUUUGUGGCCUUCAUGUGAGUAAAGUCAUUUUUGGAUGUCAUUCUACAUUGGUAUGGAAUAUCAUGGCUGCAAUGUGCCCAUCUCUGAACGUCUUUUAUCAGCAGGCUAAAAGUCCAUAAUACAAUGCAGGGAAUAUCCAAGAACAGAUUUAGAAAAAUGACAGUUCAUUAAUCUAAAUGCAGUCUUCCCAGUCACUAGAACUCAAUCAUUCCAUUGGAGAUGGAACAAGUUAUUCAGAAUAGAGUUCCAACAUCAGAAAAUAUGCAAAAACUAAUGGACAUUUUGGAAUGGACACAUUACUCUGUCCAUAUCAUGCUUUUUAAAAGGAAAAUGAGAACUCACUCAUGGAUAUUAGGUAGAUGUAAUAAUAAAUAAUAAAUUGAUAAUUGCCCACUUAGUGUGUAAGUUAAAUCUUUCUAAGGCAGUGACAAAGGGUAUAUUGCGUAUUGAUUAUCUCAGAUACUGGGAACAUUGGAUUCACUGGAUGGAAAAAUUCUGUCAUCAGAUUGGACGGCUAACACAGACUCUACAGAAUGCUCAGGACGGUGUGGGUGGCUACUUGACUGAGGUCUCCAGGACAGUGACUCUGCCUGACUUUGUCUUUGAUUCCAUCUUCUACAAUUGACCAUCAACCUCCAGAGGUUUAUUUUCUCCAGAGAUGUUACUGACUGGUGUUUUUGUUUUCCUCUCCUCCAUUGUCAACUGGCCAUAGUCCAGAAUUCAGUAAUUAAUUAAUGGAUAGCUUUGCUGGUUUCUAUGAAUAUUAAUUUCUACUUUGAUUUAUGUGUGUUUUAACAAAGCUGUGCCUUUAUGACUAGUAAUUCUGUAAUUUGUAAAAUUUAUACUUGCAUUUUACCUGAGAACUAUCACAGUGCUCUGCACCUCCACUCAGUGAAGAGUGCUAUACGAAAAUAAAUUGAAUUGAAUUGAAUAUCUAUGACUGUAUAUCACUUAAGCAAAGUUUUAAAUAACAGUAUAGCUUUUAUAGUAUGGAUGAAAUGAGGCAGGAAUGAAAGUGGACAGUGUAACAGCACAUUGCAAACAAUAGCUGGGUGAUAAUAAGAUCCACAAUAAUUUAAAAUAUUAUUGCAAUUAAUGAUGAGAAAUAUUACCCUUUAGUUACAGGAGAUGUAUCUCUUUGCAUAAUAAAAUAAUAUCUUUUAAUUUACAUUGGCUUUGGUAAAAUAAACAUGAGCUAGUGUUUGUCUCUUUUAUAAUGCAUGAACUGCAUAAAAAUUGAUAUAUAUCACACACCAUAUCUCAGAUUUGAUUUUAUACGUUGCACAAGGUGAUGGUAGGGUUUUUCUCUGCCAUAGAAAUCAUAUACUUACAGUUCACAAAUGAAACUGGAGCAUUAUUUUUAAAAUGUUUACUGUUAUAUAUAAUUAUUAAAUGCUAAUUAAAAAGAAUAUGAUGCCAAAAAUGUUGCUAUGUUAAUACUUCAAAGAAAGACUCUGCAAGUGAUGUUUUAUUGAAGGAUACACAGCAAAUGCACCAAGCUGCAACUAAGGCUCCAUUCUCUGUCUCUUGUGACGAUGUAAUGCUGUAUCGGGUAUAUUAUGAACAAAAAAAACAUUAAUGAGAAUUAGAACUGAGAGACCUGUGAGAAAGGGGUAGAAGAAAACCCCAAAGAACUUCUACUGAGUGAAGGCCAGAGUAGUUGUGAAAAGUGGCCAUCCAAGGAGAGUGAGGUUAAAGAG